AUGGACUUUUACAUCAUUCGUGAACAGACCGAAGGAGAGUACAGCGCACUGGAACAUGAGUCUGUUCCAGGUGUGGUCGAGUGCUUGAAGAUUGUCACUCGCAAAAAGUGCCUACGCAUUGCCAAGUUUGCGUUCGACUUCGCUACGCAGCGCAAUCGCCACUUAGUGACCGCUGUCCACAAGGCUAAUAUCAUGAAGCUCGGUGACGGCCUGUUUUUGCGCUGUUGCGAAGAGGUGUCCAAGCUAUAUCCGAAGAUCGUCUUUCAGAACCUGAUCAUAGACAACUGCUGCAUGCAGUUGGUGUCGCGGCCAGAGCAAUUCGAUGUCAUGGUCAUGCCCAAUCUGUACGGUAACAUCGUCGACAACCUCGCUGCCGGUCUGGUCGGCGGCGCCGGCGUAGUCAGCGGCAGAAGCAUCGGCGCAGACUGCGUCGUGUUCGAACCCGGAGCUCGGCACAGCUUUUUGGAAGCCACCGGUCGCGGAAUCGCUAACCCAACGGCGAUCAUACUGUGUGCCGCGAAUAUGCUGCGCCAUCUGCACUUGCAUCGUGAGGGCAGAGCGCUAUAUGCUGCUCUGGAGAAGGUGCUUAAGGACAAGGUAGUGAGGACGCGUGACCUCGGCGGCUACGCGACCACCAGUGAGUUCACGAAUGCCGUGAUUGACAACUUUCUCUUGUGA